UCUCUCUUGAAAUUCCCAAGCUUCCAGCACACCAUCCAUACACACAGCUCCCCUCUCUUUUCUUCCUCUUCUCCAGACUUUUGAAGCUUCCUCCGCAUCUCUCCUCUCACUCACUCACACACACAUCAAAAAUGUCUGCACGCAUGUUCGCCCCCAAGGUGGCCUCGAUGGUUGGCUCUACCUCUGCUAAGGUCGCUCGUCCUGUUGUACGAAGCAGCAUCAAGGCCAAUGGCGCUCAACGUGCCUUCUCUGGCGUCCCAUCUGCUACCCGUAGCACCGCUUUCCAAACCCUCAAACGCCAACAAGCUUCCCAAAUCCUCUCCUCCACCACCCGCCAACUGAUGGCCCGCAAGACUUCCCGUCCUUUCUCCUCGGAAAUCGCUACCGCUAUGGUCCAAGUCUCCCAGAACCUCGGUAUGGGAUCUGCUGCCAUCGGUCUCGGUGGUGCCGGUAUCGGUAUCGGUAUGGUCUUCGCUGCUCUCCUGACCGCUGUUGCCCGUAACCCCAGCAUGCGUGGACAACUCUUCUCCUACGCCAUUUUGGGUUUCGCUUUCGUUGAGGCUAUUGGAUUGUUCGAUCUCAUGGUUGCCAUGAUGUGCAAGUACGUGUAAUUUAAAACGUCUGGAACGGACAUUGUGUUAGGAGAGGGGGAGAGAUGAGGAUGGAAUUGCAUUAGAUGGGUGGGAAAAUAGAUGAGAUAAAGGAUAGACUAUAGAAGGCUGGCUAUAGACUGUACAGUACUGUUCUAGAAGGCAUAUAGAGUUAUGGAAGUCGGCAUUUUAG